AUGUGAAGAGUAGUUAUGACUGCACGGUUGGUGCGGUGGCUGGGCAACUGGCUGUCGUGUAACGUGUCGCGGGUUCGAUUCCCGCACGGAACAACACUGUGUGAUCCACAAAUUGUUGUUUCGGGUCUGGCUGUCAUGUCUCUGUUCGUGCUGUACCCGUACCUGACAAUCCACAUGAGAGAGCUGGGCAUAAAUGUGGAAGAGACGGCCAUCAUGUCGGCGGUGACGCCAGUCGUCUCCAUCGUCAUGCCACCCCUGGCUGGCAUGCUGGCUGACAAGAUUGGCAACUUCAGAUUACUGUUGGCGCUGUCGUCGGCUCUGGGCGGUGCUUCAGCUCUGUUGUUGCUGGCAGUCCCAGUGGGCCGCAUCACCGUCACCUUCCCCCCCGCUGUGGAACUCCUCACUACUUGUGAAGACUCCACUAUGAGGUUGGGACUCAUGAAGGAUUAUCCCUGCCUACCACUCCACCCCUACUCAUAUGAUAUCAAUUUGACGGUCCUCUCAUGUGGUUUUGUUUGUGAUUUACCUAAGGAUAUUACAACAGAUGAGACUAAUGCUCUAAUACACACUAAUUCCUACGACAUACACCUGCAAUCCACUAUUGACUCGCAGCGCCUCGUGUAUCGUCACACAGUAAUGGCGCAACUUGCCCAAACAAUGAUUCCGAAGAAGGACCAGAGCACCUCGCGUAUCUUGACAAACGAUCCAUUCUUUAACACCACCAUAUCUAAAGUAUCGGAUCACACGAUAUUCUUCCCAGCACCAAAAUUGUACCAAAUAGAAUGCAGUCACGAAUCUACGAAUGAAACUUGUUUAUUUGGUAAAGACGAUAUAUUCAAUGAAACAGAAGAUCACCUUGACGAAGCGAUACUUCGCAUGAGGAUAUCUCACGACGUGCAAACUGCACCACACGAUAUAGGAAUUACUGGGGUCAAGAUGGAGGAGUUCGAGUGCAGGCAGGGUCGCGAAAAUUAUCCGGAUGUCGGGCGGCGUGCGCUGCUUCUACGCCGCGCAAGAGUCUCUGCGAAAAUACUCAGCAGCAAAUUGAACUGGAUCCAGCGUUCACGUUCUGGGCAUACCUCGCUCAUUCGCGAUGUUCGAAGGAGCUGUGAUAGCCAUCGUGAGGAACAGAAGGCGGACUAUGGUCUGCAGAGGGUGUACGGCAGCAUCGGAGGGAUGAUCUCUUCACCUCUCUCUGGAUUACUGAUUGACUAUGCUAGCCGAGGAAAGGGAUAUACCGACUUCAGACCAGCGUUCUACCUGUACGCAGUCUUGAAAGUCGCUUCUGGAGCUCUGAUGUUGAGCAUAGACUUGGAGUUCAAGCAGCCAGCACAGAAUCUACUGGAAGAUGUCAUCUCUGUGUUUAGGAACGUUGAAAUUGUUGCGCUGUUUAUUGCGUGCUUCAUUAUGGGAACGGCAUGGGGUUACAUUGAGAGCUUCUUGUUCUGGCUGCUACAAGAUUUAGGAGCGUCCCGUUCCCUGAUGGGCAUCACUAUAACUGUUGGAGGUAUCGCUGGUCUGCCACUCCUCGUACUCUCGGGUCCCAUUAUCAGGAGGCUGGGACACGCUAAUGUGCUCUUCAUCGGAUUCAUCUUCUACGCUAUAAGAUUGCUCGGUUACUCGCUGAUCUACAACCCUUGGCUAUGCCUGGUGUUCGAAGCUCUGGAGUCUGUGACGUCAUCAUUAUCCUUCACUGCAGCGGUGACGUAUGCGGCCCGUCUCUCUUCUACUACCACUGAUACUUCCGUGCAGGGACUUCUGGGAGGAAUCUACUAUGGCGUUGGCAAAGGAGCUGGCAGUCUUAUCGGCGGUUACCUCAUGAAGUUCUUCGGUACCAGACCGACCUACCAAAUAUUUGCCGGUGCGACGUUCAUCACUGGUUGCAUUUAUUAUUUAUUCAAUAAAUUCUACUUACGGAAAAGGGCAGUUAGUUACGACGAUGACUUUUGUAAGAAGAAGCAAACACCAGCUGAUGUUGAGGGCAACGAGACUAACAAAGAUGGCGAUAAAACUGUGCCACCGAUAGAUGUCGCUAGCAAACCUGAGGUUAAACUAGAGAACUCUGUUGUGGACAAAGUGAAGGAGCCUGACUCGAAUCGUGCGAAGUUAGUGCCUGACAAUGCAGAUGGCGGUAGUGACUCCGGAGUCGACAAUCCAGCAUACAAUGAAACUGAAUCAUCAGAAAAUAGGAAAGAAGAAAGCAAAGUACCCGCUGUGUGAUUCUCACAUACAAAUUAGUUCGUAAAAGUGUAUUAGAAGUCGCCUCGCGACUGUUAUAGCAAUAAUAACUAUAAUAAUAAUAGUUUUAAGCCGAGUUUAGUUUGUAAUGAGCCUCUACACCUACAUUAAGAUUUAUUCCGAGCUGUAUUAUAGGUAUCUUCUUUUGAAAGCGUAAAAAUAUUGACAUUGCAUUCAGAUUGGGAGCAUUGAUAUUGUACCACAAACACAAUAAAAGUAAUUAAGUAAUUUGUUAUUGUAAACUUUAAAAUAAGUAAUUAUAAUGUUGUUAUCAUCCAUGUCAUGUUUAAAUAUUAGUUCAAAGUGUAAGUAGUUAAUAAGAAAUCACACAAUUUAAUUGUGUUCCUAUUGUUUAAGUACCAGAGCAGUGAGUAAUACAAAUUGAUGAAUAAAUUAUAAUAGAUUAAUAAUAUUUAUUAAUUAAAUAUUGUUAUUUUA